AUGCCUCUCGGACCCGGGCACCCACCGACGAUUGGCCCUAUUAAAUCGUCAAAGUUCCAAUUUGUCGACCAAGGUCCGGAGCUGGAAAACUACUACUCCCAGGACGACCUCCUGGUGGUUGGUACCAAGGCAAAUGCUCAAGACGAGAGACAGGAAAAUGCCUCUGGGCCUCCCAAGCGUUUCCAGUCCUCGGUCGAGGCCGAGCUGUCCCCUACAGUUCGCAGCGCUCCUUCCUCCGACCUCCCUCCUUUCUUAUCGCCUUUCAAUACAAAUCAUGAACCGAUCUUGCCACAUGCUCCCAUAAAACGGAGAAGAACUGCAGAUGCCAUUCCGCCAGAAUAUCAGGCCAGGCCCAACCGAUCGCCCAACACUGCCUACGACCCAAUUCGGUCCCAAUACAGAAUUUACGACUUUCCAAAAGUUUUUAGCUCCACCAGCCCGGACGGCUUUCCAUAUAUGCCCGAGAAACAUCACGUUCCCAAAGUAGUAGAGGCGGAAUACCGUCGACUGGCAGAUUCGGCUGCGGCCAAGAUCCCAGAAGACCCUCUACUCUCUCCCGCCAUUUGGAAAGAAGAUUUCUACUGGCCGAACAAAUACACCACUACGCAAUGCGCCUGUUUGAUGCGAUACUAUAUUGAAAAUCUUGCACCAUGGUUUGACGUGGGAGACCCAGCCAGACAUUUCACGUUGGCAGUCCCUCAACGAGCCAGGCGAUGCCCUCCGUUACUCAACGCGAUCUUUACUCUAGCAGCAAGACAUCUUGCUUCGCUCCCUCGGUUCAAGACGACAGACGGUGUCAUCCAGUACCAGAACAUUCUGCUUCCCAAACUGACCGAGGACACUGCUGUCAAAUAUCAUAAUGCGUGUAUUGCGUACCUCAUCAAAUUGUCUAGCGAUCCAGAACAUGUUCGCGACGAGAAUCUGCUUGCUGCUGCAGUCAUUCUCCGGUAUUACGAAGAGAUUGAUCCAUCACUUACCAACGAAGAUAGCAAGACGCUCAUUCAUACUUUUCAAUUAUUUGUCAACGCCCAAGCAAAUCCUUAUGCUUAUAUGAUGGACGACGAGAAACAUCCUGAAUACCUAAGACCGGGGUCUGCAAUCGGGUUAUUCGAAAAUACUCUCGCUUACUUGAAAAGUUUCCAGCAUGCGUCAUUUCGAGUGGCUCUCCGUCAAGAGUUGACAAUCGCUUUUCUGAGGCAAAGGCCUGUACGGCUACCUCUAGAAACGUGGACCAUCCUGCAAGGUUUUGACAAAGCAGAGGAUUUCAUCUGGUCCGACCGACACCUUUACCACUGUGCGAAAGUUUUACAAUUCUGCUUUGGCGGUGAUGGCGGUACGGGCAAGACACAAAUUGAACGAUGGAGUGAGCUUCGAGAUUUUGAGAUCCAAUGGGAUCAAUUCAAGCCGUUGUCGUUUGCGCCUAUUCAUUACCAGGAGCCAGAUCGCUCCAAGGGGGAAUGUCUUCCUCAUAUAUGGUACAUGGCGGAGGUCCAUGCUACGGGACUGUUGGCUCUGGACCUGGCUCGGAUUCUAUUGACAGUCUACAACCCAAAAAUACCGCGAAUUGGCCCAGGGGUAACAGCAGCCCAAAAGAGAAUUGCAGAAGAAGUGCAUGACAUCGUAAUUCGACUCUGCGGGACUGCGAUGUCUCUGGGAGGGACAGUAGCAUCAAAUGCUUCUUCACAGCCAGCAAUGGUACAAGCGUACAUGGCGGUUGUCGUCUGCGGGGAGUACUUUUCGGAUCCGCUCGAACAACGGGCUCUGAUGGGCAUUUUGGACAGGUUGAGGGACGAACAUGGUUGGCCCACAGGAAAAACUGCUAUUCAACUGAAAAGGGAAUGGGGAUGGCCUUGA